AAAACCAAACAUAAACCAAACCCAACCAGCCAAACUAAGUUCAGUUCCAUCUCUUCUUGUCUCAGAUUUGUUACACUCUCUACUCUUCCUUCCUCCUCGCCGAGUCGCCGUCGGCGAUUAACUUCAAUAAAAUAAUAAAAAAUAUAGAGAGAGAGAGAGAGAGAGAAAAAAAAAAAAAAAACACUAACAGAACUUUUCAGUCUCCCUUAAAACGUGGCGCGUUCAACAUCCUACUCGUUGUUCAAUUCUUUCUAUCUUUUUUUUCCUCCUUUUUUUUUUUUCUCUAUAAAUAGAAAUAAAUCUUCUCUCCCCUUCGAUACUUCGAUAAGAUUCUGGUAAUGAUACUCGGCAGCUCAGCAAUCUGUUUCAGGUGAUCGAAUCCGACGGUCUUUAUUAUUCUCCAGCUGCAUCUUGAUCGUUUUUGCCGUUCUUUGAAGCUUGUUAUGUGGGUAAAAUAGAAACCUCGGUUGUCUAUGAAGUCCGAUAAACCAUGGAAAUUGCUCAAAAGGAAUUCUUUCUAUGAUGGGGUAAAAUUUGGAGUCAAGAUGAAGCAAGUGCAGUUUAUGGGAAUUAUUUGUACAGUAAUGUUAUUCAUUGUAUAUAGGACUACAUAUUAUCAGUAUAAACAAACAGAGAUGGAAUCAAAAUUGAAUCCUUUUGACACAGUAAAGGAGUUUAGAUUCUCUUCCAAGAAGUUAAAAGGUUUACCCCAUGGUAUUAUACAACCUGGAUCAGAUUUAGAGUUAAAGCCUCUAUGGUCAACAAGUAGUGCACGGUCAAAGCUUCGUGUUUCUAGCAAUCGUAACUUACUGGCGAUUCCAGUUGGUAUCAAGCUGAAGGACAAUGUUGAUUCUAUUGUGCAAAAGUUUCUUCCAGAGAAUUUUACAAUUAUUCUAUUCCAUUAUGAUGGCAACGUGGAUGGAUGGUGGGAUCUUGACUGGAGUAACAAGGCUAUACACAUAGUUGCUCAAAACCAAACAAAAUGGUGGUUUGCGAAACGCUUUCUGCAUCCAGAUGUUGUGUCCAUUUAUGACUACAUAUUUCUGUGGGAUGAAGAUUUGGGUGUGGAGAAUUUUGAUCCACGAAGAUACCUAAAAAUUGUGAAAUCGGAAGGAUUCGAGAUAUCCCAGCCAGCUUUGGAUCCAAAUUCAACAGAUAUACAUCAUAAAUUUACUAUUCGUUCAAGAACAAAGAAGUUUCAUAGAAGAGUCUAUGACUUCAGAGGCAGUGUGAAGUGCACCAAUGUCAGUGAGGGGCCACCUUGCACUGGAUUUGUGGAAGGUAUGGCUCCAGUUUUUUCUAGAUCUGCUUGGUAUUGUGCUUGGCAUCUUAUACAGGCUGCUGCUUCUUUUGUUCAGAAUGAUCUUGUCCACGGAUGGGGAAUGGAUAUGAAACUUGGAUAUUGCGCACAGGGUGAUCGCACAAAAAAUGUUGGAGUCAUUGAUAGUGAGUAUGUUGUUCAUCAGGGCAUACAAACUCUGGGUGGAGGGCCACCUGUUAAAAAGGCUACUAAACGUGAAGAGUUAAUUAAGAAAAUCCAUGCUGUACCUGUUGAUCCGCGAGCUGAGAUUAGAAGGCAAUCGACAUGGGAGCUUCAAACAUUUAAAAAACGGUGGAAUAAAGCCGUUGAAGAAGACAAAGCUUGGGUCGAUCCGUUUAGACAAAGCAGCAGACGUAGAAAAGAAAGUCGUCAAGUUCAAUGAGUAAUAAUUCUUAACUUUACAAAAGCAGCUGCUACCAUAUGUUAGUUGAGCUAGUUUGGGUUCAUCUUGGUCAUCAAUACAUGUAAUUCAGAUUUUGUAAUCUCCAUGGGAUACUUUAUAAUUAUUUCAUUUCUUAUCAAUAUCAUAAUUUACUUCCUGCAUUUCACA